AGAUGUCGCCUCGGUCGUUUCCCGACAGUGAGUGAUUAAAGAUGGCACAAGUUAGCGAAUGUUUUACCAUAGGAAGCGUAGUUUCAUGUGUCACCUGCCUAAACAAAGAGCUGGAGGGCGAAGUUCUGGCCUUCGACCAUCAGACCAAGAUGCUAGUUCUCAAAAGCCCAGCUUCCAAUGGCCAGGCCAAGCUGAACGACAUCCACAUGGUGAACCUCGCCAGGGUCAGUAAUAUCACAUUAACAAAAGAGGCCACGCCCUCGUCGGAUCAGCCGCAACCCUUAAAUCUGCACAGAAUCAGCACCAGGACAAGGAACCAAGUCGAGGAAAAGCGUCGGAUGAUAUCCGCACUGAAGGCUGGAGUGUCCAUCGAGGGACAGAACCUCUUCCUCGCUAUCACCAAAACGAUCACUGACGUCUCGUGGUCGAAUGCAGAUAUCAUUGUCAUGAAACAAGUCAUUAUUUCCCCUCCUUACCAAGUAGAAAACGUCAGACUGUCGAACGCGGACACCCGAGGGGGCGCUGCCUUAAACCAUGGAGAGUCAAGAGCUUUGCUUCAUGUCCAGAAAUUGGUCGAAAAGCACUACAAAGACCAGCAGUCACAGGCCUCCGCACCAGUGGCUGCGGGAAACGCGUCGGCAACUGCGUCGGCGUCGCCGACCCCAGCAGCCAAGCAGUAGAGCGGCCGUCGUCGUUGUCGCACCCUUGGAUGCGGGCGGACGUGACGAGAGCAGCAACGACCUGGCAAGCUUACCUUCCCUUCUCGUUUCCAUCCUCCGCGGGGCCCUAUUCCUGACCGGCGCUCCGGAAUAGGGCCCCGGAUCGUCAGCAUUGAUAAUUUUUUUUUUUUUAUUCGACGAGUCGAUUGAAUUAAAACAAAAAAUAUUCCUUCAUUGCAAUUGUUUCCAGUGUUUCGGCUUCCGGGGCUCACGUUCUCUUCCUCAAAAAGAAAGUGCAUUUUUAGAGCUGGUUGAAAUUUUAGUGAUUAAUUAUGGAGCCCCUCGACAUUUUAUUUUUCUAAUUAGUGGCCAAGAAAAAAAUUUCCCCAUCCAUCGUAGUAGUCCAAACACAAUUGCAAUGAUUCGAGUGAGUGAUUCUGCGUGAGAAAAAUUCUUAUUUUAUUUUCAUCGAUCAAGGGAAACUUGAAACUUCCAGGAUAGCAUUCGAUCUUCUUUCUUUUAUUUUCUGACGGAUUUCCAUUAUCGGAAGUCUUCGCUUCUCAGUGCGUUCUUUCCUUCCCGGUCAAAAUUAGACUUGAGUUCAUUGUGUUCAGCCCGAGGUGAAAUACCGAAAUUAUGUAGAAUGAAUCUUGUAUGAUCGUUGUUAAUAGAGAUAUUAUUAAAAACGAGA